UGGCGUAUAUUAUGUCGUACGUCGUCUCCGCAUUCCGUUGGAAUAUGUAAUCAAGAAGUUUUUACGAUGGAAAUAAAUUACUUUAAAUUAUUAUUUUGUUAUGUAUUGAAGUAACAAAUCAAACUUUGAAAUGGCUGUUUGUAGCUUGCGAACUGUGUUGUUAAUCGUCUGUAUACUAGAAUUGAUCAUUACCGUACAACGGCAAGUGUUUGAUUUCUUGGGUUAUAUGUGGUUGCCUAUAAUAGCAAACUUUGUUAAUAUUCUGCUUAUAAUAUUCGGAUCAUUUGGUGCAGUUCAAUAUAUAACAAGAUAUCUACUAGCUUAUGCAAUAUGGAGUUUCAUGUGGCUGACAUGGAAUGUGUUCCUCAUGUGCUACUACCUCAAUCUUGGAGGACUUAACAGAGAAAGUGGUUUAUUAUCACUUGGAACUGGGAGUGUUAGCUGGUGGGAGGGCAAUGGGUGGGGAUGUCAGCCAAUGUGGGGUGAAGUGGACGGCCCUGGAACUUGGAGACCUGAGCAUGUUGAUGGAUGUUUCCUGCAAUGGCACCUUGUGGAGCUAGCACAGUCUGCUGUCGCUGCACUGCUUACUGUCACAGCUCUGCCAAUCACUAUUCUUCUCACUUUUAAGUCUUUCAAAAAACACAAAACAGUUUCAGAUAAAAGUACAUUACCGCGAAGACCUGCAUAUACAAUAGAAUUAAGCCCCACUGAAACAAAUAUAAGUGAAAGCUCAUCGAAACCGAUGACUCCAAGGCGUGUUAAGCGACGAUCUGGCUCAAGAGGUACGGGCUCCUCGGUCCGAAGGUCUCGAAGGUCUUACAGAAACGCAGGCUACUUGUCUUCUAAUGCGUCGCUGCCUCGGGACGCCAGACAGUCCCGUCCGACGUCGGCUCAUUCGUCGUAUUCCAACUUCCAUGCGGCGCGGCCGGCGUCUUAUCACACUACGGAGAAGAACACAUUGACACGCUCCCAAGACGUUUACGAUCCUCCCCCGCCGACAGAGUCCGUGCCAAUAAUGACCAAUAGAUUUAACUCCACAAGGAGAAGCAGAGCCAACAUCGGCCACGACGUAGUCGGACCAUACAACGAACCUAGAAGUUACGAACCACAACGAAACUAUGAAACGAAUACUCCUUCCUAUGAUAAUGUAGGUCGGGGUUAUGAAGUUGCUGCUCCUACUUAUGAUUCUCGUAUGGAUACAGUAAGUCCUAUUUCUGAGUCUGCAUCAUAUGGCGGUAAUGAUUACGGUGCGAUGGGAUAUCCGGUGGAGGGGGGCUGGGAGGCUCCGCCCCCGCCCGCGCCACCGUACAGCGCGCGCGCCACGCCGCAGGCGCCCGGCCCGCCCGCGUACCAGCCCACAAAUGACACAUAUAAUGCAGUGCCUUAAAUCUUACCUUCACUAUCUGUGCCUUAUUCCAGUGAUGCUCAGUUUUUAUUAGAAUUGAUAAUGUUUUUAGGUGACUUAUUAUUAUUUAAGUUAAGAUUUUAAAUGUCCAUACAAGUAUGUAUUUUCUCGAAUUUAUAGGAAUUGUAUGUUGUCUUUUUUCAACUUUAUUAUGGUUAAAAUACUAGGUGAUAAAUACUAACGAAUCUCUCGAGUCAUUGUUGAUGUAUGAAAUACAUUCCUUUUUAUAUUGUUAUUUUAAGGGUUAGUUAAUGACAGUGUUAUGUUGUGGCACAAGUUUGUAGUAUGAAUGCUAUUUUAUAUAAUGUUUUAAAUAUUUUUAAAAUCUGAUUUAAUAUUUACGAUACUUAAUUUUAUAGGACAAUCAACAAAUUGUAAAACAUAACAAAUUAUCAUUUGUUGUGUUCCAACAUUCCAUUUAGGAAAUCCACCGAUUUAACUGUCCGUCCAAUAUGGGAACAUUUUAUAAUUGCCCAUUAAGUUAACAAAUCUUAGUUUUAUCUUAAUAUUUAGCUUUAAAAUAUGUUAAGACAAUAUUUUCACAUUUUGUAUAAGGUUCUUUACAUAUGUUAGGAAAAGACACAUUCAGUUUGAAAGAAUUUGAUGAAUUAAUAUGAGAACAUGGAUUGUAAUAUAGUUUAGUAAAUCUUGCACAACUUGAAGCAUUUAAAUAUCAUGGGUAAAUGUUUCAAAUGUAGACACAAUUUGAUAUCCAACCAAUGUUCUUAUUCGAGACACAAUUUCGUUUAUACAAACUUUUGGCAAUAUAAAUUUUACAAAGAUAUUGCAAUUAUAAUAUUUAAGCUUCAUGUUAUAAACACCUGAUGCUCUAUGUUUUUUAUCUGUUGUAAUACUAUUAAUUUAUAAAAACACAAAUUUUUUGACUCUAAUAUGUAGGUAAUUGUUAAAAUAUAUUUCUGCCACAUUACUUGCGAGCUUAUUUUACACAUUCACUGUAUCUUUAAUAGUUAUUAAGAAAUGAGCUUUAUUAGUAUAAGAUUAUUAAUAGUUAUGUUUAGGUUUUACGCAAACUUUGGGUAAAUUAUACCAAAUAUACGAAGGACACGGAA